AUGAGUAAACAUGAACACAAUCGACGUGGGGAUAAAUCCAAGAAAAGUAGUAAAGAACCUGUAGAUUCCCACUCUCCCAAACCUAUAUCUGAAGAGCACUACUUUCAAAAGGCAGCCGAAUUUCAAGUAUGGCUGUCUGAAAAGGGGUAUCGCUUCCAUGAUUUGUCCAAGUCUGAAGCACAGGAUCAAUUUAAAAAAUUUAUUCGGCGAUGGAACAAGGGAAAACUGGAUGAUAAAUACUACAAAGGGAUUCAAGCCUUGGAGGUGCCGUUUGCAGCACGAACUGGAUAUAAAUGGAACAUCAAAGACAUUAAUGAGUCGGAGCAGAUAUUAGUGCAUGAUUCUGUUGAAUCCAUGACAGGAUCUGCUAAUACGUUUAAUUUUGGAUUUCGAAAUGGCAAGUAG